AUGGAGAGUUUGAAUACUGUCUCUUACCUUACCAUGGACCCUUUACCAUUGGGUAUUGGGGCUAUACUCCUGCUGACCUUGGGUAUUAGCGCUAUCCUGGUUUCUCCAAAUACAGUAGCAGAUGUCUUGUGUAACGCAUUCUUAACAUCCAUCCAUCGCAUCUAUGAUGAAAGUGGCAAAAGAGUGAUGACUGGGCCCCGGUAUCAGUUUCCCAAUGGCCAGAUGGUGGACAAAUUCCUGAACGCCAAAAACAAGAGCUGGGAGUGGGAGGAGAAAUAUGGCAAGACUUACCGCAUCUGGGCAGCCAAUAUACCUGAAGUCGUUAUAACCGAUCCAAAGGACGUUGAAGCACUGUACCGUCAUUCUACGGAUCACCUAAAGGCAUCCCAGGCAAAUGCAGGCUGGCUCCUCACACAGCUGCUCGGGUCUGGCCUCGGGCUCAUCAAUGGAAUAAGAUGGACUGGGCUACGAAAGGCCCUUGAUCCAACAUUCUCACACCAAGCGUCCAUGAACCUUCUUCGGGAGAGGCUUGACAAUGGUGCAGCGUCGUAUGCGGCAGAUAUCCAUAAGUUUGCGUUGGUUGGCAAGCAGGGAGACACCAUUGGAGGUGAGGUUGUAAUAAAUGCCACGGAAGCUCUCCAACGGUAUCCGUUCUUCGAAGUGGCUUCAAUAUUCUAUGAUGAGAUGAGUGAGAAUGAACAGGAACGGCUCUGGGAGCUUGGUCGUUGCUAUUCAGCCGUAUUUGCGUCAGUUGUGAUGGGAGGUAUCCAUCGAUUGAAGCUGACCAAGUACCUCAAUACUGAUGUCUGGAAAAAAACGCAAGCAUACCAAAGAGCCUGGCGCCAGUUCAAUGAUGAUAUGUACGAGUCUAGAAAGAUCAAGGCUCCCAGCUGCGCAAUAGUGACACUCAUUGACGCGGCUAAAAGGGGUUAUUUGACUCAGGAUGAGGUAUAUGACACAAUUGCAGAGUCAACAUUUGCCAACCUGGAUAUCGUCACGCAGGUCAUUUCUUCAUGUGUUAUUCUCCUAGCAGACGCUCCAAAUGUGCAAGUGGAACUUCUCUCAGAGAUGCAAGAGAACAGUGAGAACAAAGAAGCAUAUAUUGCACGGAAAGAUACUCUCCUGCAUUACUGCCUGAUGGAGUCAUUGCGUCUCCGGCCUGUGUUGACCUUCACGUUUCCUGAGAAUCCACCUAGGGAAAAGAAAUUGGGUGGUUUUAUUAUCCCCAAGGACACCACAAUCAUCGUUGAUGCCUUUGCUAUCAACAUACGCAACCCCUUUUGGGGCCCUGAUAGCCGCUCGUAUCGCCCCAGCCGGUUUGCAACUAUCAAGCAAAACCAACUCCGCUAUAACCUAGCAACAUAUGGCUAUGGUCCAAGAAAGUGCCUCGGGCAGCAUAUUGCAGACAAGCUCAUCAAGUCCGUGGUAUACCACCUGUUCACCAGGUAUCAAGUCUCGCUGGAACCAAUGCAGGCUCUCGAUGGAGAAUUUAAAUUGGACAAGACAAGUUGGGUCGGACUAUAUGACGUCAAUCUAAGGCUGAAGCCCAGAUCAGGGGGUAGUUGA